AUGUCAUACAACUCAACCACCAUUCAGAAUAAUAAUAGUAGUAGUAGUUAUUAUAGUAAUAAUAAUAAUAAUAAUAAUAAUACAAAUAUGACAGCAACAUUCAUUGACUAUAUGCUUGGCAUUAUGAAUACGAUUGAUAUUCCACAGAAACACUUUGAGCCCUCUCAAGAGUCAAACGCACUCCAAAGUUAUUAUUACUUGUUGUAUGAGAGGAGCCAGCAGUAUCAAGAGUAUGUGACAGUCACUUAUAAUACUCCAGUGGUUGAAGACACUGCUGCCAAUACUACUACGACUAGUACAUCUUCAUACUCCUCCUCAACAACCACUCCAUUAUCACCACCUCCCACCACUACGAUACAAUCUAUCAACAGCACCUUGUUGACUACUCCUCCUAUUAGUACAUCUCCUCCAUCUACUACUACAUCCUCUUCAUCGACUGAACAACCUCAACAACCUCAACCACCUCAACAACCUAAAACAACAUCGACAACAACAACAACAACAAGUUCAAAAGAAAAGAAAGAAAAAGAGAAACCUUCAUCAUCGUCGACAACAUCAAAACAUGUUGCAUCAAAACCAUUACCAAUUAUUGGAUAUCAAUUAACUGAUGAAUUACCAACACUUGAACAAUACAUCUUUUUAAAUCCAUUACCAAAGGAUUUGGUGGCAAAUGCUGCCAAUCCAAAGAAAAAGAAUUGGCGUGAUGACAAGGGAUCGCUGUCGAUUGUCGACAGAGUACCACUGUUUAUCCAAGAGUUUACGGUUGCCGCCUCGUGGAGUCAGCUUCGUGAAUUUAUCAAUGUACUCGAGAACAAGAUUACAAACUCUUGUCGAAAGAGAUAUGUCGAGGAAGGCGGUCUAAGGCAACUGCACACUUGUCUCAAAUACACCCAAGUGUCUCAAUGUUUGCCAAGAGAAAUCAUCGCCAUCCUAAAAGCACUAAAACAACUGCCCAUCACCCUCGAACACUUGCAAAAGGAAAGUGGAGUUGGAAAAAUUGUACGUGGACUCAAAAAACAUGAUAAUGCAUCGGUCAGAGACCUAGCAACCGAUUUGGAACGUAUUUGGAUGAACCUAGUAAAAAGUACAAACAAAGAUAAAGAAAAGGAAAAAGAAAAAGAAGAAGAUCCAAAGAAAAGAUCAAGAGAUUCUACAAUUGAAAAAGAUCCAAAAAAAGUUAAAGGUGAUAAUGGGUCAUCAACUAGUAGUACUAGUGGUACUGCUUUAAAUAAAUCACAACAACAAAAACAACAAUCACAAUCACCAACAUUACCAGGUGUUAAAAAGGAUUUAAAGGAAUUUGAAGACUUGUUUAUGACGAAAUUAGGAAAACAAAAAGACAAUAGUAGUAGUACAACAACAACGACAGGUGCUGCAACAUCUGGAACAUCAUUUGUAUUGCCUAUAUAUCCAACAAGAAAAAAACAAGAUAACCUUCCUACUCCUACUACUACUACUACUACUUCGACUACACCUACUUCAAUUACAUCAACUAAACCAACAUCACCAAUAACCAAUCCUACAAUAACAAAACCACAAUUACCAACUAUUAAUAUUACAUCAUCUGGUAUGGAAUCUAUAUCAUUGUUGGAUAUGACUAAAGUGGCACCUAGAAAUACAGCUUCGAGUUCAGGUUGGGAUCUUCCAGUUGGAGUACCAGAGGAAGAUUUUGAAGUAGUACCAGAUCCAAACCGAAGAAAGUCGAGUAAAGGAAGAGUCAAUGUCAGAUGGGCACCCGACGACAAACUAUUACAGAUCAAGGAAUUUGAAUCAAACGAAGAGAUUGAAGAAGGUGAUCAUGACGGCAUUGACUUUGAAAAGGCGAGACAGAUGGAACACGACAGCGAAAAAUUACACCACCGACAACGAGAGAUCGUUGCCACUAUCGAGUACAAGGCUCCUGCAACCAUUGAUGCGAAUCAGAUUUCAUCAUAUGUAUAUAGACCUGGUACCGACAGUAAAGAGCGUGCUAAACAACUCGAAAGAGAAAACUAUACACUCAUGGAAAUAUUUUUAGACUCGAAUAUCCCAGAAAACCCACAAGAACCAACUGACCUCGAACCUGAUUACGAUGAUUCUCAAGUACCAAUUAUUCCAGCUGAAAAACCUUCAGCAGCAGCACCAACGACACCAACAACAACAACAACCCUACAAUAUAAUGAUAAAAUUGUACCAAUGAAUGCAAAUGAAACAUUAGAUCCUUCACAAAUAGAUGAAAUUCUAUCAAGUUUUGAUACUGUAAAUAAUAAUAAUAAUAUAAAUCAACAACCAUUACCAUCACAACAACCACUACAACAAGCAUAUUCUCAAAAUAAUCACUUUAAUAAUAAUAAUAAUAAUAAUAAUAAUAAUUACAUGGGAUGGAGUAAUCAAUCCUAUGGAAAUAAUAAUAUGAAUUAUAAUAACAAUAUGUGGAAUAAUAAUAAUAACUAUAAUAAUAACAAUAAUAUGUGGAAUAAUAAUAACAAUAAUAUGAAUAAUAAUAAUAUGAAUUAUAAUAAUUAUAAUAACAAUAAUAACCAAGCAGCUUGGAAUAAUAAUAAUAACAAUAAUAAUAUGUGGAAUAAUAAUAACAAUAUGAAUUACAACAACAACAACAAUAAUAUGAAUAAUAAUUAUAAUAAUAAUAACACAUGGAAUAAUAAUAAUAAUAAUAAUAUGUGGAAUAAUAAUCCAAUGAAUAAUCAAAAUUAA